AUGAACAAUACAUUACUACUACUAUCGCUAAUAAUACUAUGCUUUGCUAAUAUAAUUAAUUGUUCAAUUAGUUUCAACUUUGAUAUCAAAACCACCACUCCACCAAUUUCACAAUUAACCAAAAGACAAGUUUCAACUAUUUUUAAAAAUCAAAAAAAUGUACUUUUAACAAAAUUAGGUAUAGGGUCAAAUAAUGAUUCAGUAGUUGUAUCUAUAGAUACAGGAUCUUCAGAUCUUUGGGUUAUGUCUAAUCAAGUACAAUGUUUCAACAUAAGUGAAUUUCAUACAAUAUAUUCACCAAAUAUUCCACAAAUUUUUAAUGAUUUAGAUGAAAGUUAUUCAUGUAAAGCUAAUGGGACUUUUAAAUUUGAGAAUUCGAAAAGUUUUGUUAAUGAAAAUAAAGAUUUUACAAUUGCUUUUGCUGAUGGGUCCGCAGCAAUGGGAUUUUGGGGUAAUGAUAAUAUAGUAAUUGAUGGGAAUAAUAAGACAACUUUAAAUGGUUUGAGAUUUGGUAUUGCUAAUAAAUCGAGUAUUGAUGUUGGUAUAUUAGGUAUUGGCUUUAAAGAUGAUUAUGAUAACUUUCCAGUGUUAUUACACGAGCAAGGAUUGAUUGACAAGCUUCAAUAUUCAAUAUAUUCAAAUGAUGCAGACUCGGGAGUAGUAGAAUUUGAUAAAAUUGAUAAUUCAAAAUAUGAAAAUAAUUUAGUUAGUGUUGAAAUUGAUAAUAAUCUUGGUGUUAAAAUCUCAAAUGCGUAUUAUAUAGAAGAAGAAGAUGGAAAUUUAGUUCCAAAAAGUUCAGACAAAGAAACAAUCAUAUUUGAUACUGGUUCAACUUUUUCAACUUUACCUAGAGAAUGGAUAGAUAGAUUAGGUAAAUCCAUCAAUGGAACUUAUAAUGAAGAUGAAAUGGCGUAUGAAGUGAAUUGUGAUGAAUUAAAUUCUGAUAGUUUGAGUAAUCAAUAUUUCAACUUCACCGUGAAUAGCACUUUAUUUUCAGUUCCCACUAAAGACUUUAUAAUAAAAAAUGAAAGAACAAACGGCAAAUGUUAUCUAGGUAUAAUGGAUGAAUCAAUAAUAGGAGGAUCAAUUUUCGGAUCAGAUAUUUUGAAGCUUUUUUAUUUGGUUUAUAAUUUGGAAGAUUCUAUAUUAUCUAUUGCUCCUAUUAAAAAUUCCAAUUCAAAUUCAGAUUCAGUAGCGGAGUUAGACUCCUCAACCGUUUCAAGUUCGUCUUCGUCAUCAUCAACUACUUCUUCUUCUAAAACAUCAUCUUACAAUGGUGUGAAUAAUAUAAUAUCUGGAUAUUAUAUAACGUUAUUGACAUUCAUUUUAAAUUUUUUGUUAUAA